ACCAUUUUCUUCAUAUAUGAAAAGUUCGCAUGUCCUAGUCUACCAUGUCAAAUAUCAUAAGAAUAAACUAUGUAAGCAGAAGAAGAAGAUGCAUUAUUAUUGAUAAUAUCAUAAACAUUCAACAUAAAUAAACCCUGAUUACAAUAACUUUUUCCCACAAAUGCAUGAUUCUUUGUUAAAACUAUUUUAUCAGAGUCAAACAAGAUCUUCACUCCUGCUUUUCCAAGUAAAGAUACUGACACCAAGUUCCAGCGGAUAUCUGGCACAUGAAGAACAUCACUGAGGGCAAGCACUUUUUCAGAGGUGGCAGACGGAUGCUGAAUGUCCCCACAUCAACCCCAUGCUUUCCUAACUCCAUAAAGUAUGGCCUAGCUCAUUAACCAGUACAUUGGCCCAACAGUGGAACACCAGAUCAACUGUGGGUCUUAGGCCCUCCAUGGCCAUGCAUGAAGCCCCAGGGGUGAUUCUUUCUGAUUUAGUAUACACGUGGCAGUAUAGCAUUGGCUUAUCCACUCAGUGCCGUACAGAAAAAGCAUACUCGUAACUCGUAAGUUAUUUAUACUAGGAAAAUCAGUAACAGAGAGUCAAAGACCCACCCUCUGCUCUUCUUCUAUCUAUAUCUUUGGCCCACAAGGAUGGAGCCGAGAAACCAAAUCCCAGGAGUGUUGCUGAGCUCCGGCCAGGAAAUGCCUUUGGUAGGCAUGGGAACAGCAACUUCUCCCUGGCCACAACCUCACCACCUCACCUCCAUCCUUGUGGAUGCCAUUGAGGUGGGCUACCGCCAUUUUGACACUGCUGCUCACUAUGCUUCCGAAGAGCCUCUAGGCCGAGCUGUGGCAGAGGCUGUGGCGAGAGGUCUCAUCAAGGGUCGAAGUGAAGUGUUCAUCACUUCAAAGCUAUGGUGCAAGGACAACCACCCUGACCUCGUUCUUCCAGCCAUCAACAAAACACUCCAGAAGCUGGGAAUGGAGUAUGUGGAUCUUUAUCUGGUGCAUUGGCCGGUGAGGUUGAAGAAGGAAGCUCCAGACAAGGAUUUCAGGGGGGAGGAAGUUCUUCCAUGGGACAUGAAAGGGACAUGGGAGGCCAUGGAAGAGUGCUGCAGAUUGGGCUUAGCCAAAUCUAUUGGAGUCAGCAACUUCAGUUGCAAGAAGCUCUCCCAGCUUCUCCAGUAUGCUGCCAUCCCUCCUGCCGUUAAUCAGGUGGAAAUGAACGCAGCAUGGCAACAGGCGAAACUGAGAGAGUUUUGCAGGGAGAAGGGGAUUCAUGUGAGUGCAUGGUCUCCCCUGGGAGCAAACGGAGCUUUCUGGGGCUCCCUUGCAGUGGUGGAGAGUCCAAUCUUGAAAGAAAUCUCUGCUGCAAAAGGGAGAAGCUUGGCGCAGGUUGCUUUGAGAUGGUUGCACCAGCAAAGGGUUAGCAUUCUAGUUAAAAGCUUCAGCAAGGAGAGGAUGAAGGAAAAUCUUCAAAUCUUCGAUUGGGAACUCAAUGAUGAUGAGCUGACCAAGAUUGAGAAGAUUCCGCAGCGCAGGGGUUUUUCAGGACAUUGGUUUGUCCAUCCUAAUGGGCCUUACAAGUCCGUUGAGGAGCUUUGGGACGAUGAUGCAUGAAUUUCGAUUGCAGUCAAUCCAAAAUUAGAAAAAUUACAAAUUAUAGGCAUUGCAAAGAGAGAACCCGUAACCAACUUCGUUUAAGAAGAUAUUAUUAAUUAUUAUUUCCUGAGUUCUCACUUGUUAAUAAUCAUCCUGCCUUAAUCAA